GCGUUUCAUUUUAUCUUCGCCAUUUUGAAUGGUUUUCGUGGCGACUUUGAGGAUCCGUGUCGUCUGCUUUGAGUAUCAGUGUCGUCUGCUCGUUCGCUACUUCCGGUGUGGGGAAAAUAUCAUGACUCAUCCGUUCCAGGCGAUAAGUCACUAAGUUAUCCGACAUUAACAUUAACUCAAGUCACGUGUUUACAAGCGUACACGUUUCACGGACCCUGUUUCAGUGACAGUUCGGACAGUGGGACAAUGUGUUCCAAGGAACACUGGAGGGAACAGUUCCGAUGUUCCAGCUUUGGACUUGAACAUCCCCAGCCACAUCGUUUUACCAGAUUCGAAUGGGGCUGGCCAAAAGUGUACCUGUGUUGGCGCGGCGUUGUUGCAGCCUAUCACGUGGCCAUGAUCUUCAUGUCGGGACUGACUGACAGACAAACCUGGACGAGGACCGACCAGGACAACAUCAAAUGGUUUGUCUAUCUCACCAACUGGAUGUUCUUCAUCUUAACCUUGGGCACCAUCAUUGAGUUCAUCGCUGUGGGAUAUUGCCACCUGAUCAGGAAGGACAUCAUAAAGGGUGACGUCCCCCGCAUGCCCACGUUUCUCAAAGUGACCUGGGUUUGGCAAAACCUGAGCAACACCGUCAGUGUGCUGGUGACCCUUUUGUUCUGGGUGCUAUUAUAUACACCGGGAAAAGUCAUCUCAAAUGUCAGCUACAUCACACACGCCGGCAACACCGCAUACGUCUUCAUCAACCUAUGUAUCACAGCAUCGCCAGUCAGAUGGCUCCACUUCUUCCAUCCUUUCAUCGUGGCGGUCAGCUACGUCAUCUUCUCUGCGGUAUACCAGGCUGCAGGCGGAACCAAUGGCCUGGGCUACAGCUCCAUAUACCCUGUGUUGGACUGGAAGGGUAAUCCUGGAAGUGCCACCCUCUAUGCCUUCGUCUGUUGUUUUAUUGGAGUGCCUUUGAUUCAGUUUGUGAUCUUGCUGAUCGCCAUGCUAAGGGGGAGUUUAUUUGACUCUUGUCUUGGAAGAUCUAGGCAUUCUAGUGCCCAUGUGGUGGGGGUUGAUAGCGCCAUGGAUCUUGCCUGAAGAUGAUAAGACCAGUCCUCCAAGACGUGUAGGUAAAAGGUUUGUGAGGAAAAUGUGAUAUUAAUCCGAACAGGCAUACACAGGUAUCUUCUGGUGUGGAUGAAACAAUGAAUUCCAAAAAAUAAUUAUUUUUUAUAAAUAUAAAUUUUUAUUAUCAUGUUCAUAUUCAGUCUGAUUGUGUUAGCUGUUACUGUGGAACCCGUGAAGAUCCGGGUUUGAACUGAUCUUCAGUAACCCAUGCUUGUCGUAAGAGGCUACUAACGGGAUCG